CCUUCCCCCUCCCGCCUCCGCCGCGCCAUGAAACUGCUGCUGGUGCGCCGGUUCCGGCUGCUGAUCGUGCUGCUCUUCCUGCUGGCCUGCACCCUCCACAUCAUGGUCGACCUGCUGCCCAAGCUGGAGAGGCGGGCGGCGGCGGCGGCGGCGACCGAGGCCGAGGGAGGAGCGGGCGGCGGCGGAGGCGCUUCGGCCGGCUGCUCGUGCUCGCACGCCAAGGCGCCGCCGGCCGGAGAGGCGCAGGACUGGGCGAAGCAGCAGCAGGAGCCGCAGAAGGGCGCCUCCGAGGCGGCGGCGGCUGCGGCGGGCUGGCCUAGCAAGCACACGCUGCGCCUCCUGCAGGACUUCAGCAGCGAGCCCAGCUCCAACCUCAGCUCGGCCGAGAAGGGCGCCGACGGGCCCGGGAGCCACAAGGCGCUCAUCCCCGAUGGAGGCGGAGGAGGCCUCCAGCAGCAGCACUUCCAGGCCGGCCGGCGGGCCUCGGGUGGCGGCGGCGGCGGCGGAGGAGGCCUCCAGCAGCAGCAGGCGCAGGCGGGCCAGGGCUCCAAGCUGGCGGCCCUCUUCCAGCAGCCGCUCUACCGGCUGGCCGCGCCGGCCCUGGGCGACCGCGACGUCCUCUUCAAUGUCAACAGCGACAUCCGCUUCAACCCCAAGGCGGCCGAGAACCAGGACUGGCAAAACGAAGGCCAUGAGGAUGAAGAAUUCUUACCCACCGGAGAGGCGGCCGUUGAUUCCUACCCAAACUGGCUCAAGUUCCACAUUGGCGUGAAUCGAUACGAACUGUACUCCAGACACAACCCGGCGAUCGAAGCCUUGCUGCAGGACCUGGCAACUCAGAAAAUCACAAGCGUCGCAAUGAAGUCGGGAGGCACCCAACUCAAGCUGAUCAUGACCUUCCAGAACUACGGACAAGCCUUGUUUAAGCCGAUGAAACAGACAAGAAAGCAGGAAACUCCUCCAGACUUCUUUUAUUUCUCAGACUACGAAAGGCAUAAUGCUGAAAUAGCAGCAUUCCAUCUGGACAGAAUCCUGGAUUUUCGCCGCGUCCCGCCAGUGGCUGGUAGAUUGGUUAACAUGACAAGAGAAAUACGGGACGUUACUCGGGACAAGAAGCUGUGGAGGACGUUUUUCAUCUCUCCAGCCAACAACAUCUGUUUCUAUGGUGAGUGUUCCUACUACUGCUCGACAGAGCAUGCCCUUUGUGGGAAGCCGGACCAGAUCGAAGGGUCUUUGGCCGCGUUUCUCCCAGACCUGUCCUUAGCGAAACGGAAGACCUGGAGGAAUCCAUGGAGACGCUCCUACCACAAACGCAAGAAAGCAGAAUGGGAGGUUGAUCCGGACUAUUGCGAAGAGGUUAAACAAACCCCACCUUAUGACUCCGGUACCCGAAUUUUGGAUAUAAUGGAUAUGACCAUUUUUGAUUUUCUCAUGGGCAACAUGGAUCGACACCAUUACGAAACCUUUGAGAAGUUUGGGAAUGAAACCUUUAUUAUCCACUUAGACAAUGGAAGAGGGUUCGGGAAAUACUCUCACGAUGAACUCUCCAUCUUGGUGCCUUUGAACCAGUGCUGUAGAAUAAGGAAAUCUACCUAUCAGCGAUUACAGUUGCUGGCCAAGGAGGAAUUCAAACUCAGUGACCUGAUGGAAGAAUCGUUGAUGAAAGACAAAAUUGCACCCAUUUUGUACAAGUUGCACCUUGAAGCUAUGGACCGAAGGCUCCGGAUAGUGCUUAAGGCCAUCAGUGACUGUAUAGAAAAAGAAAGGUAUGAAAACGUGGUGGAAACGGACUUUGUCACUGACGUGAACACUAUUACAACCAAGAGGUAGUGAAAUCACAGGACCAUGUUUUUACGAGCUCCGUAGAAGAAGAAGAAGAAAAGAAACCAAACAGUCUUGCGAAAGGCUGUGUAUGCCACUUUGUGAAUUCAGUGAAUUCAGAAAUGCGAUCGUAAUUGUUCUCAAAGUAGCUAAGGGGAUAGACUUUGCAAAGGUUGAGGUUGCGGGUGGGAACUUGCAGCCUCUGGGAUGCAUCUGACCAGCUGGACCAUUUUUUGGGGGGGGCCAUUGGGGAAGCCCUGCGUUUUCUUCUGAUGUGGCCCACGAAGGGCGUCACAGUUGCCGUGGCCUUCAUAAAACCUUGCGUUCUCUCGGUCCCAAAAGAUUCCUUCCAUUAUAGCACUGGAUUGUUGUGAGUGGAGUUUCCGGUAAGCCCUGCCACACCGUGCUGUUGUAGCAGUUCCUGCAGGGAACUGACAUACAUACAGAGAGAGAGAGAGAGAAAAUGGCAUACAGCUGGAGCUUACCAUCAACAUUGAAAAGGGUUUAGGGGACAGUGAUGUGGAUGGAGCUGGGCCACCCAAGGGUUAGGCAACUGUGAAAAGAAACAGAUUGUUCUGCUUUUAAAUCAGUUCCCGAAACAAGUUUCGGAAGAUAUUUGAGACUGCUAAAUGAGCAACACUGGUCUUCUGGCAAAUGGCACCCGUUCUUGGUUUUGUACAGAAAGCAGAUCUUUAUUUAAUAUUUUGUAUUUAUAUAUGAAAUAGCAAGCGGGGAGAGGGGAAAUGCAAACCUACCUAACCAAAUCCUAAGAAAAAGAGGAACAGGGUCAUUUUCAUGGCUCGCAAUUUCUUCUAGAGGAAAACCCAUCUAGAGCUAGCCUACACUGUUAUAGCCCUUCUGGGACUGUAGCAUUACAGAAUGUAGGCUGGGAGUGGGGGACGAUUGGCCGAAUGCUCAGCCGCCUCCAGAUAGCAUGUGUGUAGAAAAUUAGCAUGUCAAAGAAGAGGCUGGCCUUGAACUAUUAUCUUUGACAUGCUAGUUUUUGGUUAUGGAACGCUUUCGAAAUUCUGCUGCUCUGAAUCGGUCCUCAGAGGUCCAAAUUGCUUGGGUUUGGUUUCUGAAGCGGAGCCGCCCAGUCCAUUGUUUCCAUUUUUUUUUUAAUAUUCUGUGGAGUGCUGUGCAUGCACGGAUUACUGCAGCUUUCAGUUUGUGCGUGCCAUUAUUAUCUAUGAACGUGCAUUUAUAAAACACCACACUUAAAAAAAAAAAAAGCAGUUUUGAUACAUUCCAAUAUACAACAGCCCUAAGAUUGUUUCGGAGCAGCAUUUUACCAGAUACCCAGGACAGCAUCCAGAAGUUAGUAAAGCACCGUCCACAACAAAUUGUGAUGCAGUUAAACCAGUGAUCAUGGAAAGAGUGCCUAUUUUGCAGUGUUUUACCAAUGCAAAUGUGUGUGUCGAUAUAACGCCGAAGAGGAUGGGAAGACAUGCAAAUGUCUCGGCAAACCACAUGCUGCAUUCUGGAAUUAAUUUUUUGAGAACAUUCUUAGUUUAAAGCAUAGCUAAGGUGAACGGGAGUGCAGUAGAAGGAGAAAACGAAAGGGACUGGAUGGGGAGAGGCAUACUCUCGUCUUUAGUUUUCAACAAAGUGCGCAAAACAGAGCAAGCAUUCCGCCACCUGGGUCCAAAAGCAAAAUGGACCUGAAGAGAAGCGAAUCAUGUUCUUUUCCUUGCCGUGUACACAAUCAGCUUGUCAUGUCCUGCGUUAACCUUCAAGUUCUCUCUUCCUCCGUAUCUAAUUUAAAUUGCUUCCCUUCCCCGCACACCUACUCUGCGUGAAGACGUCUCCAGGCUCUUUCUUCAAAGCAAAGAGAAAGAGGGGACGACAAACACAAACAAAAUUACAAACAAACCGAGUCAGAAAGCGGAUUCUGAUAAUUCGUGCGUCAGUGGGGAAAUACUUGAAUGUGGUUUUACAAAGCGACGUAAAAUUAAUGACAAAUUGUACUAUUUAUCCAGACAGAAGCUGCAGCUCUUAUCUUUCUAGACAGUCUUAGCAGGGCUGCCGCUUUCCUGACUUUGCUUUUGAUAGUUUUUGUGUAAAUAGAUAAUAUAACAAGUUUCAAAAAAAAAAAUCAAGGGGGGGGGGAGAGAGAGAGAGAGAAAUAGCUGCAUUGUGCAGCAAUAGAUUUUACUUUUGCAACAUUUUCUUUUCCUCUGUGGAUUUGUUUGCAAUGUGGUCCCAGUGCAAUAAAGAUAUGGCAAAAUGUG